AUGUCGACCCCAAACGGCGAAAUCACACGCAGAUUGGAAAUUGGGAAGGUCUUUGAUAGAAUUGUUGAAGAUCAGAAUAGAGAUGGCAAGAUUUAUCGCGUCUAUGCCCACCAUCUUGCGAGAGCUUGUUGGCAUGGAAGUCGGAUCACACUUCGGCAAAGCUCGUCUGAGGCAGAAGGAAUAUUCGACUUCAUCCUACUGACUCACCAGGCGUGUACUGGUGAGUGGGGAAACCACAUUGACCAUGGCCUUACAAAAGAGGAGGGAGAUCCCAAUCACAAAGUGAUCCCUGACAUCUCUAGAUAUGCCCUCCGAAAAAUGGCUAGCGUCUCAACUGAAGCUAGUGUCAAACCUGAUGAGAUUAUCGAGCCAAUGAUGUCUGCCCAGCCAGUGAAAUUAGGACAUCCAGAUGAAACAAGCCAAUCUGGUUACUAUCCCGGAGUCGAGAAAAAUUACUAA